AUGGGCGAUGAUGCCAGCGGCGGCGGCGGAGGCGGCGGCGCUGGGGCGUCCGAGCCGUUGCUGAAGAGAGCGCGGUACCACCCCAACUGUCCCGGGUGCAGGGUGGACAGGAGGAAGGAGGAGAGGGAGGGGUUCCCCUUCACGGAGAUCUCCUGCUUGUGGCUCGUCACCAUCUGCUCCUCCUUGCCGAUACAGUCAUUGUUUCCAUUCUUGUACUUUAUGAUAAGGGACCUUCACAUUGCUAAAGAAGAAGAAGAUAUUGGAUUUUAUGCUGGUUUUGUUGGCGCUUCAUAUAUGCUUGGGAGAGCACUAACCUCUGUAAUAUGGGGAGUUGUGGCUGACAAGCACGGGAGGAAACCAGUUCUUGUAAUCACCCUUGUUUCCGUAAUUAUAUUCAAUACACUCUUUGGACUCAGCUCAAGUUACUGGAUGGCAUUAACCACAAGAGGUUUGCUUGGGUUGUUAUCUGGUAUGCUCGGACCAGUUAAGGUAUCAUGA